CUGUUCUAAAACAACUAUGACAUUAAUGUUUUUAAUAAUUUUCAUAACCUAAUUAACAAGAAUAAACUACAUAAAAUUUGUAUAGUUCAUGGAAAGCUUCCUAAUCUGUAUCCUAGACUAAGGUAUGGAGAAAAGUGAGAUGGGCCUCCGUAGGACAGUGACAGGUAAAGUAGAUAAGAAUAACAGUUUUUGACUUUUAGCAGAACGGUGGGGUAAUGUCCUCUGCUUAUAGUUAUGAAGCAUUGACCAGAUGAUGACUGAUUUAAAUGGCUAUUUUUCAUGUAUUUUAUAAAAUUAUUUGGAAGAUCUGUUAAUUGAUAAUAUUGAUGUCAGAAUUUGUAGAUUUCUAUACUAUAUACUUUUGAUAUUGUAUGAAAGUUAGAAAUGAUAUUUUAUAGCAUUGUCAACUUUAUAAUUAACCUGUGGGUAACUAUUCAGUGGAAAGAAAAGCAAUAAAAUUAAAGUAAAUAAAACACACCACUACUACAACAAAACCAAUCCAAAUAACCCAUACUGUAUCUUCUUCAAGGAAUAUGCAAUUUUGAGAGUGAUUUUAUAACUCUAAAUUGGAAAUUGAUCAAACAUUUAAGUUGUUUGAGGGAAAAAAAAAAGGAAAAUUGAGAAAUUAAAAAAAUUAUUUGCAUUUGUCUUUGUUUAUUUUGGCAAGGUAAAGAAAUUUAUCAUUGUUAAAGUUUAUUUCAAGUUUUAGCUGGGAUAGAUGCAAGAUUAAAACAAUUGGCAAUGAAGGAAAACAUGGUGCAGAGUAUUUGGCAAUGUGACAUUAAAGAUUAGAUUAGACAGUCUGUCUCAAUAAUGACCAUAUGUCCUUCCCAGCUGAUAUCUAUUUCAGGACUUGAUAAAUGAGUCAGAGGUCCUAGGACUUUGGUAUGUGUUAAAGGAUUGUUCUUUCAUCACCUUUGUUAGCUUUAUUAGGUGUGUUAGAGAGUGUGUUACAAUGAGUCAAAUGUGCAUGGCAUACUUUGAAAUGAAUGAACAUAAUGACAAAAUUCUGACACUGACUCCUUUCAGGUCAUGUGGCUUUGUAACACUAGGAACUAGGAUGAACGAUCCUGUAUUCAUUUCAUUCACAGAAAUAAGAUAAUUGACUUUUUUUCCCCUAGCUGAGCCUAAUAGUACAGGAGUGAAAUAGGAACAAAUGGGAGAGACUUCUAGAAGGGUGACGUUAAAGGAACAGUCAGAGGAGGGGAGAGUCGUGGCAGUUGCUUGCAGGGUGGAGAUAAGCAGAAGUGUGCUUGUGCUUACUGUCACAAUGUCACAUGGCAGGAGGCUUCCCCAGGGCAGUUGCCUGUCCGGGGAGCUGUUUCGUUUUGUGGUUAAUAGAGUUGUACUUUGGGAAAUAACCCGGUUUCCUGCUUACUGCCUCAUUAUGGAUUACACAGGAUUAUUAAGGCUGUGUGUGAUGAGGCCGUGGGCAGUCUUUCAUGAUGAGAGGGAAGGUUGACAGAUGGCUGCCCUCCAGGAAGGGAGAAGGUGACAUGAAGAUAAGUAUGUUUUUGAACACGUUAACACCGAAGUUCUACGUGGCUCUGACAGGCACUUCCUCACUAAUAUCAGGGCUUAUUUUGAUAUUUGAAUGGUGGUAUUUUCGCAAGUACGGAACAUCCUUCAUUGAACAAGUGUCAGUAAGCCACUUGCGCCCCCUUCUGGGAGGGGUUGACAACAACUCCUCCAACAAUUCUAACUCUAGUAACGGGGACUCCGAUUCCAACAGGCAAAGUGUCUCAGAAUGCAAAGUAUGGCGAAAUCCACUAAAUUUAUUUAGGGGUGCUGAAUAUAAUCGGUAUACUUGGGUGACAGGACGAGAGCCGCUGACUUACUAUGACAUGAAUCUCUCUGCCCAGGACCACCAGACAUUCUUUACUUGUGACUCUGACCACUUACGUCCUGCAGAUGCAAUAAUGCAGAAAGCCUGGAGAGAGAGAAACCCUCAAGCAAGGAUUUCUGCAGCUCAUGAAGCCUUGGAGAUAAAUGAGUAAGUGGGGCAAAAUCUUCCUGCUCAAAAGUCUCAUCUUUUGAAUAUAUCCAGUUGCCAUUGAUGAGACACUUAUAUUAAACUAUGUAUUUGAACUAGAGGAUAAUUUGGCGAAAAUUACUUUUUAAUAUUUUCUUUUUUAUAAAAAACACAUGAAGGGAAUUUUUUAGUCAUUUUAGACAGCAUUUCAGUGGCUUUGCUGUGAUCCCAACUUAAAUCUUUCAAGAGCUACCCUGGAAUA